GCGCGACCGGAAGUGGCGUUUGUUGUGGUGGCGGUGGUGGCGGUGGUGGCGGUGGAGGAGGAGCGGCCAUGGUCUGCGAGAAGUGUGAGAAGAAACUCGGUACGGUCAUCACUCCCGAUACGUGGAAAGAUGGUGCGAGAAACACAACAGAAAGCGGUGGCCGCAAAUUAAAUGAAAACAAGGCAUUGACCUCAAAGAAGGCAAGGUUUGAUCCUUAUGGAAAGAACAAGUUUGCAAUAUGUCGGAUUUGCAAGAGUUCUGUCCAUCAGCCCGGGUCUCACUAUUGUCAAGGAUGUGCCUAUAAAAAAGGCAUCUGCUCAAUGUGUGGCAAGAAGGUCUUGGAUACGAAGAACUACAAGCAAACUUCUGUCUAAUUGUGUUGACUAGUCUUUUUAUGAACUUUAACUUCUGUGUCUUUGUACAGUAUUUUUCUCUACAAUUUUUUGUGAAUAUUACAUCCUGGGAGAUAAUACUUUUAAUGAGAUGAGAGGUAAAGACAGCCUUAUUGUUUGCCUAGAAAUGUACAUAAUAUUUGAUUUUUGUUGUUUUAGCACUUACUGCUAAUUGAUAUUUAAAGGUAAUGGUUUGCAGCAACUGAUACAACUUAAAGUCAAUGAGAAAUCCUAGUGGAUAAGUUGAAACAGUCACCAUAACAACACAGAUCUUUGAGAUUAAUGUUUUUUUUAUUUUUGCCCUAUCUUGAGUCUUCUACUUGACUGAUUGUAAUAUUUUAUAGAUGUAUAAAGUAUGAGCUUGCAUCACCUUAUUAAAGUAGUAUCUUCAUUUAGUUCUAUGCAUAUAGGUAUUUAUAAUUACUCUCACCCUGAACUGUUAAGUAUUGCUCUUCAGGUUUUAAUGCAAUUGUCCUGUUGAAUUUUGUUUCUGCCUACAGCACGGUUGGUUAAAUCAUAAAUAAUUAAUCUACUGAAAUGUGUUUUUCGCUGCCAAUUCUUACCUGGGCAGUUAGAAGACUGAUUAGCUGUUCCUUUGUGAGCCUCUAAGGAGACUUCAGGUUUGGCACCUGGUGGCCCAAGGCAAUAAAACAAUGAGCAUCAAUUUCUAAUGCCAGGUCUCAGCCUCAUCAUUUCCUAAGGUAGUCUGUCUGUUAAAUAAUUGGUUUGAAACUGGCUUUUGAAUUCUGUGAUGUAAUUGCUUAUAUACAUGUCAAAUCUGAAAAAUCAAAACAGGCUGCCUUCCCUUUAGCAUUGGUUUGAUGUGAAGUGAGCCUCUUUGAAUGAGAGAGGCUGAGUGUGGCUCUUUUUCUUUUGUGCUUUGAUUGGUUUCUACAUAAGAAGGCAAUUUCUGUUACUGACGGUAUCAAGUGUUCACUGUACAUGCAUUUUAAGGGUGUAGAAUGGUACUCCUAAUUCAUGGUGGGGUUUCUAACUAGACCUUUUUAAGUGUUUCCUUCUCCUAGCAAUCUCCUUUGUGGCACGCUUUUGUGACUUUCAACUGUGACAGAAAAAUUAUUCCGUAUGAAUAGAUACUCUGGUUUAGAUUUCCUUUUGUUCUCCUAUCUAUUACUGGGACAACUGCAUGACUAAUAGAGAAUGAAAAAUCGCUUUUCUUUCUAUAUUUUCGCCCACUGACACAUAGAAUACUGGUGAUAUUUGCUCUUAGCUCAUGCCAUGCCGUGGUUGUGCUGUAAGCAGCCUUCUGAAGGAGGUUGCCUAUCACCCCUAACUAUCCAUUUUUGAUUGAGCAUUUGUCAGCAAAGUUUCUUGUUCCAAAUGUCUUGACAUCUUGCAGUUGCUAAAAUGGUAAUUCUUUUCAGCAUUUUAUAUCUCCUAAGAAGCUUUGUCAGGGUAGUGAAAUAAGCUGGGUCCCCCAAAAGAAGAGAGGAAUGUUGCUGCUUUUCAUUUUAAAAGCUUCACCUACCUUGAUUGAAUAGGGUUACAUGGAUUAGCUAACUGGUGAUAGCUGGCAUCCUGCAAAGUUAUUUCCGCAUGCUGAUAGCCACUUAUUUCCAAACACAGCAAGGAAUUCUCAUGUUAGUGAACAUAACUGUGGCAUACCCUUUAUAUGGAUGAAAAGUAGAUAUUUAUAAUCAGCUUCAGGUUUUGCAACAAGUGCUUGUUACCAUUGUGUGACAAUUUUAGGUAGCAAAUUCUCUGAUAUUCUCUGAACUCUUCACCCUUAAUGAGUGCGUUCUAUAGGAUUGAUUUUUUUUUUUUUUUGCUAUUCUGCGAAUAAAACUUCCUUUCUUGUCUUCUAAAACUUGCCAGUAUCUCUAUUUCAAAAGCAUUACUGUUUGUAAUUCUUGAGUACAUGGUAUGAAUUGAAUGUUUAUUGCACUCUGUAAAUAUUGGCACUGAAUGAACUGUUACCUCAUUUUGUAACUGAUUUAAGGACAAGAGGGGUUUAAAUAGUAUCAUCCUUUGUUCAUAAUUAUUUUGUGACUAGAGCCUUUAUGCACCUGUAUCCUAUUGCUGGGCAGCUGCUUAUGCAUGUUAGAAUGUAUUUCUGUUGGAAAAGGAGGACAGUUUUGGAGUAUUCUUUAAAUACUUGAUACAAACAGUGGUUUGUUCUUCUGGUGGUUUGUAUGUGCUUGGGAUCUUCCAUCUGCAGCUCUCAAAACUUCUUAGCCUCAUGAGAAGUUCAGUUUCUGAGAACUGUAAAAUUUGCUGAUGUAACAGUUAACAUUCAGAAAAGCCCAUUUUCCAAGUAUUGUUUUGGAGAUCCAUUGCUUUAAAUUUAGAUCACAAACCCUUCUCUGAGGUGCACCACAGUUCAAGGGAAUCCUGGCAAAGAAGCACUUAAAGGUAGCUUUUAAUCUUGCAUACACCUUCAGUAAAACUGAAUUGUCAUAUAAAAGCAUUUUUGUUGAUACUAAAAAUGUCUUGUUAGUAUGGGAUGCCUUUCCUGAGAUAUCAUUAUGCAGUGAAAAACCGAAGAAAAUCUGUAAUGGGAGUUGCCAUUUUUGUUUAGUGUACAUUAAUGUUCCCAGAUGAUCAGACUGUCCUCUAAAUCACUGGUUACCUAACAGAUUUGUGCUGCCAAAUUUAGUAGGAUUAGAAUUUUCCGUAGUAUUGCUGAGUUCUUAUACUGUCCUUGCUAUUUCUGCGUGUUCAUUGGACAGAGCUGUUACUGAGCUAAGUAAUCUGAUGCAGAUUACUGAGAGAAAGGAACAGAUUACCUACAAAAAUGAUGCUGUGCCUGUAGUGGCUAGUUGGAUGAAAAUAGAACAGGAACUGUUGUGUCCUUGUUCUGUCCGGGUGGUGUUGCGUUCUUUCUCAUCCUUAGCAUUUGUUCUGCGAUGUGUGAGGUUUUAGAUUUUUUUUAAACCCUGUUCUUUCUGCUGCAGAAACUUGAGAAAGGACCAUCCAGGAUAGUAAUUCAGCAAUACUGUUCCAAGGCAUUAGAACUAUUUUAGUUGUUUACCUGUAGAAAUGUGGCGAGUUUUUUUGCCCUCUUAGGUUUAUUCUGUUCCUUCAAUAAAGGAAAGAUAGCAAGAAUGACUUUGUCCUAUAUACAGCACUGUCACUGACCACUUUGGAUUUUCUUGAGAAUAGCCCUGACUUGUAUGAAAAUCUCUUAUUUAGCAAAGUCAGAGAUGUACAAGUUUCAGAUGGUAAGUCUGUUGCACCUAUGUGCUUGUUCUGGUAUCACUCCUGCCAUCAGCCCAUCCCUCUGCAGUGCCUCAUAUUGCACAAAUACUCCAGUUUUGUACUGGCUGAACAUCAUUCCACCCAGAGACACUUAGGCCAGGACCCUCUGCCAAUCUCGCCAUCAUAAAUUCUGGUCAAGAAUGACUGGUGCUUUUGUAUUAUUAGUGGACGUAAGAGAUGUAUACCAAAAUUUAUAAACAAUAGAUUGAAUCAAGCAGCUGCUGGAAGCAGCGCAAUGAACCGUGUUGCUAUAUUUUUCUAAUGCAAAGCUCUAAGUUUCCCAGACACAGGAAGAAUCUGCAGAAAGAAUCCCCAGCAUUACAGAUUCAUUAUUCAUUGAAAGACAGUAAACCAAGAGCAGGAGCUGUGGCUUUUUACAUCUGGUACGUCAAAGCGUAGUGAUAGGGCCUGUACACCAAGAUUAAGAUUCUAGGGCUAAUAAAGUCUUUAAAGCCCCUCUCAGACAAGUUAAUGUCUUCCCUGGGUUGAACCUAGACUUCCUGGUCUCUUCUAAAUAUAUAUGGCCUAUAGGUGGGCUGCUUUCUAUCAUUUCCUUUGGAUGUUGGAGAAUCCAAGAGCGGCUUUUUGGGGGAGAUGUUGCAGCCCAGUCACUGACUUACCAGUUGCUUAGUAGAUCUGUCUGCUCAGUGAGUGCUGGUUCAGUGUGGGAUCACACAGGUGUCUUUUUUACUUACAGUAUCUUGACAGAUCACUGGUUUAGAAAAAAAAAUGUGACAAGAUGCAAAACAAAAUAUUGAUGGCAGGAAGACUUGCCCUGAAUAUCGUGAGAGAAUGAACACAUCAGCGCAUCACAGAUGAGAUUUGCUAUUAAGCAAAAAUAAUUUUGCUCUCCCAAUCUGCAGAACUGGUUGAACAAUCUGAUAAGGCAGGAUGACAGUCCUUACAAAUAACAGCCAAAUUCUAGUGAGGAUUAUAAAUAUGACUCGUGAAGACCAGUUUGUUUUGAACUACUUGUCUUCCUCCCAGGCUUGUGCUUUUAUGGAGGACAUUAUCAUCUGAAAUUCAUCAGAAACUGAUUUUUUCAACAACUUCUAUGGGUGGGGGGAGAGUUUACUUUGCAGAACUUGGAAGAGGUAUCCACGUGUUCAUCGUGUCUGGUCAAUGCCUGCAGAAAACGUGAGUUCUCUGUUGACAAGGAGUGCUUCCUUCACCCACUUUAGGGCAAACAGGAAGAGAUGUGUUGGAAGCACCUGGAAGAAUUUGUUUGAAAUCUUGCCAAGAAACUGAAGGAAGUGCUGAGUGGAGUAUUCUGUGUGG